GCUAUAUACAUUAGAUCAAAAGUAAAGUUGAAAUUUAAAAAGCAUCAUGAAUAACUAUUAAUCGUUAAUGAUUUUUAAAAAUAAACCAAUCAUCCCUUAAUUCAUCUUCAAACAACACUACCCGACAAUGCCGCCCCACCCGCUCAGCCCAGCCAGCCAAGGCGAAGGUGAGCUCAGCCCGCACCGGGGCCCCGGGAGCUCCCCGCAUGUCGGGGCCCGGAGACUGGGGCAGGGGCAGGGGCAGGGGCAGGCCUGUGAGCCCUCGCCUUGCCUCGCCUUGCCUUGCAGAUCACCCUCUACGAGGACCGGGCUUCCAGGGCCGCCACUACGAAUGCAGCAGCGACCACCCCAACCUGCAGCCCUACUUAAGCCACUGCAACUCGGUGCGCGUGGACAGCGGCUGCUGGAUGCUCUAUGAGCUGCCCAACUACUCGGGCCUCCAGUACUUCCUGCGCUGCGGCUACUAUGCCGACCACCAGCAGUGGAUGGGCCUCAGCGACUGGGUCCGCUCCUGCCGCCUCAUCCUCUACGUGAGUGCAGUCCCGCCGGGUCCCUUCCGUGCCCUCGAGUCGCAUCAGUUAUCCACAUGGAUGAUUCACACGACAGGCGAUAGGAUGGGAUGGCAGCCUUCUUUUUUCUAGCUCUAACUAUAUUCUCUUUUCCUUUAUUAACAUCCGUAAGGUUUCCUCCCACUGAAAAAGUAUGUGAUGCAGUGCUUUUAACUGGACAUUAUUUAAUUUUGCUAGUCAAAUUCACCGCUACUGGGAAUAAGUUGUGCAUGGCAUUCGCUCAGACUGUCUAUGCCACAGGUGAUGAAUGAGCAACAGAGUUCCUUGCUCUCAGGUGGUCCUAAACUAGGUUCCUGGCUAUUUCUUGAAGAGUACCUAAGCUUGGUACUCUUCACCUAAGAAUUAGGACUAAUAAGAGUACUUCCUUUCUAAGGUUGCAAUGAGGGUGAAAGGAGGGCACCUGGUACAGGCCAAUCCCCACCCCCCAGUAUUAACUAUUAUUAUGAACAUCAAGGGUCUCUGAAGUCCUGCCUUCUGAUUGGGCAAACCAGUAACCAACAAUGAGAUUCCAAUAGCUCCUGCAGGGCCCCGUGUUACUCAAAUGAAGCCCCAGCAGACUGGAAUUUCACAGUUAGGGAUUCCCUAAGUUGACUGUGACAGAGUCCUGGGAAAAUGAACCAUUUUUGUGAAGUCUGAAAUCCCCUCACAAGGUUUAAUAGCUUGAUAGGGACCCAGUCUGGCAUUAGGAGCCCAAAAACUUAGAUUUCUAAUUUCAAGUUCCAACUCUUCUAAUUACAGACUGUAAGAUCCAGUCUUUAGUUUUUCAGUAAAAGGGUAAAAGGCUUUAACGUUGCUCCACAUGUUCCAGGGUGUUGUGAAGAACGAAUG